CGGAAGUUCAAACGGAAGUCACGGAAAUGAAUACCUACUAGAAAGUGAAAGUGGGUUUCCUGUGGCUUAUCUAUAUUUGGUAAUUAUGACCAAAUUUAGUUCAAAAUGGCACUGUCACAGACAAGAAUAUUCAUUUUCAGUCAUUUUCGUUUUUUUUUAUAACUUCGGGUCAAAAUUUGAAGAAAGUAGGCUGCAUAUUUCAUCACUCGAGCUCUUUUCUCUCGUUUCUAGUUGCAAACAUUUGUAAUACUUUAGUUCUAGGUCAAUAGGUAAAUUAUUCUGACUAUAAGACACAGCAGUAGGUACUUUCCUCAACAUAAAGCAAGAAGCAAGAGGCCUUUCGUAUAAAAUGAAUCGAUGCUGAGCUUAGCUAAUCGCCAAGUAAAGUGGCGGAUCUUUUUUGACGACAAUUUCUUAGCUUAAUUGACGAUCUACAAAAUAAGGCUACACGCGAUAUAUCGCUACUUAUUAACUACAUUGCAAAGCUUUAACACUUUAUAAAGAGAAAGAACAUGGCAGGAGAAUCGGCUUUACGAAAAAGUCUUUGUGGGAAAUCGGGGACAGUGAUUUGGAUGUUGGGUUUGACAUCAUCUUUCUUCCUGGUAGAAAUCAUCGUCGGCUACAUCACAAAUUCAAUGGCUUUAGUGGCAGAUUCCUUCCAUAUGCUUUCAGAUGUAAUGUCCCUUAUUAUUGGAUUCGUUGCUUUGCGAUAUUCUAAACGAAGUAAACGGACGGAACGAAAUACCUUCGGCUGGCAACGAGCAGAAGUCCUGGGCGCGCUGGUCAAUGCUGUCUUUUUGAUUGCGCUCUGCUUUUCUAUUCUCGUUGAGUCGUUAAAACGUCUCAUAGAAGUGGAGUCUAUCCAUAACCCAACGUUAGUCUUAAUAGUCGGAGGGGCUGGGUUGUUUGUGAAUGUUAUCGGGCUGGCAAUGUUUCAUCAACAUGGACAUGGUCAUAGUCAUGGGGGUGGGGGACAUGGUCACAGUCAUGGAGGGGAGCGAGGACAUAGUCACAGCCAUAGUGUGGAACCACAAGAUCCCGACACUAAUGGCCUUGUUCGUGUUGGUAAAGGUGGAAAUGGUUUGAUUACUGCUCGUGAUAGUAUCCACAGUGAUACAGAGUCUGUGAGUUCAGCUUUUCUACCACCUGGAAACCAGGAGUUACCUGAAGCUGUCAGAAAUGAAAUGAUUACGAUAGAAACACGUAAUACUCCUGGAAGCCCAGUCAAGUCAGGUGCUCAACUUAACAUGAGAGCUGUGUACCUUCAUGUUCUUGGUGAUGCGCUUGGCUCAGUCAUUGUCAUCGUCAGUGCUCUCAUCAUAAAAUAUGCCAGUGGUGAAUGGACGCUGUAUGUGGAUCCUGUGAUGAGCAUAUUAAUGACUUGCCUUAUCUUGCGUACCUCUAUACCACUUUUGAAGGAAUCAUCAUUAAUUCUUCUGCAAACUGUACCAACUCAUAUCAAGAUCCAGGAGGUUCAAGAAAGAUUACUAGAGUGUGUACGUGGUAUCUUGAGUGUUCAUGAAUUCCAUGUCUGGCAGCUUGCAGGAGACAAGAUUAUCGCAUCAGCACAUAUCACUUGCCAAACGCCUGAUGACUACAUGAAAAUAGCCAAUGAAAUCAAGAGAUUCUUCCACAAUGAAGGAAUCCACUCAACAACAAUUCAGCCAGAAUUUGUCGAAGAGGAUCUCUCCAAGAAAGAAUGUGUCCUUGCUUGUGGUGAGAUGGAUAACUGUGAUGCGCAGAAGUGCUGCACAGAUGAUAGUGAUGUGCGUAAGAGGGUAGUGUCUCCCACAGUUGUGACAGAUACUCCUGAAGCCCCUUCGUUGAAUGGGGAUACGUCAACUGUACAACAUGAAUCAUUUGUCUGAGGUCAGAAAAAAUAAUCUUUGCUCUACCACUGUUUUCAUUGUUAUAUUAUUACAUGCUGAUCAAGACAAAAAUGUGUAAUGUAAUAACUUGAAUAGCAAAUAUGGAAAUUUCAAAACUCAAUUUACAAUGCACUGUCACGAUAAAGUAGGUUUUGGUGGCCGUCAUUCAAUGCAUUUCCAUAACGAUCCAUUGGCGGAUGCACUUGAAAACUUUGUGCUUUCCAACAAUGAGGCACUUUUUGACGUCCGUCUAAAAUCUAUUUUGUCUUGAUAAAAAAUUGACAAACGUGAGAUUUUGCAUGUGAAUGAGAAGUGUCUUGAUCAGCACAUAUAUGUGUUUUAUUUGAAUGGAGUUGUAAUCCAUAUAUAAAUGAAAAUAGGAAAAUAAAAAUGAAGUAUAUUUCCUUCCCAGAUACAUGUAUGAAUGGGAAACAUACAUUAAGUCAGAGGUAUAUGCACAGUUGUAUGUUUGAAUGGUAAAAUAACAACUGAGUCAUGAUGUCUAGUUAGGGACAGUUCAUUUUUUAAGGGCAUAGGGGGGCUGGUGGGAUUUUGUGAAUUGUAAGUAAAAAAAAUGUAUGGCCCAUUCCCAUUCUGAAUGUUCUUACAGGGGCUCUCUAUUAAAACAGGAUAAUUUAUAUAUAUUUUUCUAUUGACCUAAUUAUUUAUUAUUUUGGGGGUGCCUCCCCUUAAUUGCCAUAUUUUUUUUGUAUGUGUUCC